UAAUAGAAAAUGUUAUGUGUAGUCUGUACAUUUCAGACCAUCAUAGUUUCUGAAUUUAGUAUGAAUUUUCUGUAAUAUUUUGUGUAGUUACCUAUUAAAUUAUAUAUUUAAUAUAAUUAUUGAAAUUUAUGAAAUUGUAGACAUUAGUAUCCUCUUUUAUUCCUUAUUUUUGUUGCAAUAAUGCCUGUUAUUUGUUUAAAGAGGUCGAAAUUAAAUUCUAUGUUUUAUCAACAAAAACUUUAAUGUUUCCUCGGUCUCUUCAUGUUUAUUUCUUAGCAACUAUUUAAUAUGAAGGUGAUUUAUAUAAAUCUUUUUGUAAUAAUUGUAUUUAGUAUUUUAUCAGUUUUUGCCAAUGAUGAUAAUUUACAUAUGGAUACAUCAUGUAAUACAACCGAUUCUGCUCGUGUCGAAUACAAAUAUAACACUGAUGUGGUAGGCAGUGAACAUAUUAUUACAUAUAAAGGAUAUUUUUCAAGGUCUACGAGGGAAAAUUAUGUUACAGCGGCUUUAAAAAAUGCUGGGGUGUCAAAUUGGACAUUAUUGCAGCGAAAUAAUCCCGCCAAGGAGUAUCCAAGUGACUUCGACGUUAUCGUGUUAGACGAGGAUGGAAGGCGUGCACUUGACGCAUUACGGGACCACCCAGCCAUACGACGUGUCACUGUCCAGAGGCAGGUUCAACGAACCAUAAAAUAUAUCAAAGAGGACGACUGUGGACCUGCUGGCUGUUUAUACACGGGUUGGCGUAAUCAUCGGGCCCGUGCACUGCACUCGCUUAGAAAACCACGUGAGAACAAUGGUUAUGCGUCUCGGAAGUUACUCAGAACAGUGCCUCGCCAGAUAACGUCUGUAUUAAAAGCAGAUGUACUAUGGUCUCUGGGUAUCACAGGUGAAGGCGUGAGAGUGGCAGUGUUUGACACAGGUCUGGCUCGACACCAUCCUCAUUUUGGUCGAGUGCGUGAGCGUACUGACUGGACUGGAGAAAAUACUCUGGACGAUGCUCUUGGUCACGGCACCUUCGUUGCUGGUGUCAUAGCCUCACGAGCCGACUGUUUAGGAUUCGCGCCCGAUGCCGAUUUGCAUAUAUUUCGUGUCUUUACAGAUAAUCAGGUGUCAUAUACGUCGUGGUUCCUGGAUGCCUUUAAUUAUGCGAUAAUGCGUAAGAUUGAUGUGCUGAAUCUCAGUAUAGGGGGUCCUGAUUUCAUGGACCAUCCAUUCGUCGAUAAGGUCUGGGAACUUAGUGCUAAUAAGGUCAUAAUGGUGUCGGCGAUAGGAAAUGACGGACCUUUAUAUGGAACUCUUAACAACCCAGCGGAUCAGAUGGACGUCAUCGGUGUUGGUGGUAUUGGGUUCGACGAUCGUAUCGCCAAAUUCUCGUCUCGCGGAAUGACCACGUGGGAAUUGCCACAUGGUUAUGGCCGAAUGAAACCUGAUAUAGUAACCUAUGGUAGUGGAGUCCAGGGAUCAAGUGUCACCGGUGGAUGUCGGUCAUUAAGUGGUACAUCUGUGGCUUCCCCAGUAGUGGCUGGUGCUAUAGCGUUGCUAGCAAGCGGCGUGCCACGGAAUCACUUAACGCCGGCGUCUGUAAAGCAGGCGCUAUGUAUCACGGCGCGGCGAUUAACUGGCUAUAACAUGUUCGAACAGGGACAUGGAAAAUUGGAUCUUAUUAGCGCUUAUCAGUUUCUUAGAGAAUAUGAGCCCAAAGCAAGCUUGAGUCCGCCUUAUAUCGACCUGACGGAAUGCCAAUAUAUGUGGCCAUAUUGUACCCAGCAAUUAUAUUACAGCGCGCAGCCGACUAUUGCUAAUGUUACAGUUAUUAAUGGUCUUGGCGUCUCUGGGCAUGUGAAAGGAGUGACCUGGCAUCCUCACUUACCGCACGGCGUAUUGCUCUCUGUAUCCGUAGAGCACAGUUCAAUAUUAUGGCCGUGGUCCGGAUGGUUGGCUCUUAGUUUUAGAGUUCUCGAAGAAGGCGCCGAUUUCGAUGGCGUUAUUGAGGGUCAUAUGAAUGUGACAAUUGAAAGUCACGGAGAGUAUGGUGAUAAGGCUAUGCGAAAUGUGACAUUAAUGUUGCCAAUACGGGCGCGAGUGAUUCCGGUUCCUGUGCGUACUCGGCGACUGCUGUGGGACCAGUUUCACAGUCUACGCUACCCCGGCGGUUACUUCCCCCGGGAUGAUCUUCGCGCUAAACACGACCCACUGGAUUGGCACGCCGACCACCUACAUACCAACUUCAGGGACAUGUAUCACCGACUCCGUGAACACGGCUACUACCUCGAAGUUAUGGGUACACCUUUAACCUGCAUUGAUACAUCACUCUAUGGAGCUCUGCUACUAGUGGACCCAGAAGACGAAUAUUUUCCUGAAGAAAUGGCCGCGUUGAAAAAGGCUGUGGAUUCCGGUCUCUCGCUGGUCGUUUUCGCCGACUGGUACAAUGCGUCUUUGCUUCGGCACGUUAAGUUCUACGACGAAAACACGCGGCAAUGGUGGAUACCAGAAACGGGUGGUGCCAAUGUACCAGCACUGAAUGAUCUUCUGAGUAUGUACCAGGUAGCGCUGGGGGACCGCGUAUUCGAAGGCUCAUUCAAGCUGGGCAGACAUCAAAUAUACUACGCGAGCGGAACGCAUAUUCACAGUUUCCCUGAACACGGAGUAAUAAUCACAGCUCCAUUGAGUGAUCAGGGGCAACAGAUUAUGUCUGGAGAAAAAUCAAAUGGGAAUCGACCGACGAGCGGAGCACAAACCGUUGAUGUGCCUAUAUUAGGGCUUCUGCAGACCGAUGGCGAGAUAAGAGACUACACCAAUGACACUAUGGAAAAAUUGCCGAAGGCUGGUCGGUUGGUUGUGUAUGGGGACUCUUCAUGCCUGGAGGGUGGGACGGCUCAGCCCUGUCACUGGCUACUGCUGGCUGCACUCCAAUAUGCGCUUGUAGGUCAUCUCCCUUCACCUUUGAAGGAGGCUGCGACUCCACCACAGCAUCGUGUUCGAGAUGUUCAUAUCAUUCCCUCAGAUUUACCACAACGUGCGGAGGGGGGUCGUUUGCAUGUGUAUUCCCGAGUGCUGUCAGCUGAUGGGAGCGGACCUAGGGCAGUGCCACCAUGUUCCACUUUGCCCCCGUUGCCUCCGCAGCCGGUGCAUGCCCCUCGAGCCGCCGGCACGCUUGCACCAAGACACCAGCCGACUGACCCCAAAAGUAUAGGUGCUCCAGACAUCGAAGGUACGGAACCGGCACCUCGAGCAUGGCGUGGAGCCGGCGCGGCGCCGUCAAGGUCCCAUCCUGACUCUGAACCAACGUCCACAACAACCAAUCGAGCUAUUACGUUAAUUGCCAUAUUAGCUGUCAUAUACUGUCUCACCUCGAUGUGGAAACGUUGCGGAAGAAAACUCCGAAGACGCAGACUGAUGUCUUUGGCUACAUAGCAUCAGGCUAAUCAACAGCAGAAAAUAGCUGCAGUUGUGUCGGAUAGUGCAUGCUUCAAGGAGGUAACUGAUGCCUUCACACUGAAAGGGACUCUAGGCAAAUAUUUGUUUAACCAAUUGGUGUACGCUAUAAACGUAUGCUCUAAAAGUAUGCGGCGGAAUGUUACCUGAACGAGUAAUAAGUAAACUAAUUUAUUUAUUUUAGUUAAUAUUAUUUAUUAAUUAUUCCAAAUAUAGAUGUCGGUAUUUCAGACUUGUUCAUACUUUCACUUAUGUGCAAUAAUUGAUAACAUUUACUCACUUGUUCUUAUUACGCUUCAUACCGAGAUUGGUUACACUGGUGGUAUAAUGAUAUUAUGUUCAAGUAGGUAUGAUAAAUUGAUUUUUGAUAUAUUUUUUUUACCUGAUAAUCUAUUAAUCUAUAUAGUUAGAUUAGUCGUCUAAUAAGUAAUUCUUAAAUUAAUAGCUAAAACUUUUCCACUUCAGUCCUAUUUAAUUUAUAGUAUCUUUCAAAUGAAAUGCAAAAAAUAGUGUAUUAUUUAGAUAUUAAGUAUUUUUUUAAAUGUAUUUAGUACGGAUGCUGCUGUAUUAAUUACAUUUCUUUUAGUAUUUACGAUGGCUUCGGUUAUGUGAAUCCAUUGUCUUACGAUCCCGAAUUUAAUAAAAUCUUUUCUUAUCAAAAAAUUACAUUAUCUAAGGAGUGCCUCUACAGAAUUUUAGAUUUAUAGCUUCAGUAGAAGAAAAAGUUUAAUAACAGAAUGCCUAAAAUAACCUACGAAUCAGUGUGUAUAUAUAUGCAGAUAAUAUUAAAAAAAACUAACAACAUUUGACAAGAGAUGGCCAAUUCUUCGCAAUUAGUCAUUUACUAAUUAUAUUCAUAUCGUAUCCGUUGUAAAUAAAAAAAAAAUCUUUAAAAGACAAUAAACGAUUAGUAGCUAAUCGUGAAAUUUAAUAUUAUGGUAUCUAUACUAAUAAUAAAUAUAGGUACCUGAAAAGGAUUUAAAAAUUGAACUGGGAAAUUAAAUUGUUUCAAUCACAUUGUAAUGAAAGAAAUUGUAUAUAGUAGGUAUUUAGAUGUAUAAAAUAGCAUAUAAUUUAUUUUAUAAGAAAAGGAAAUAUGAUGCAUUCAUUCACACACGUGUACCUUGUCCUGGCAUUGUUUAUAUCUUGCCACUGUAUAUCAGAAAAUAACUAUAUAUUACUAUCUUUAUUUUUCAUACACUGUAUGACAGGGGUUGAAAAACAUUUAAAAACAUGUUAUUUUAGUCGUGGAUGGACAAUUGUGACUGUUUAAUUUAUAGAUACGUAUUGUUAUAGACAUCGUUUGUAAAUAUCAUCAUCAUCAUCAUCUAACAAAAUAAUACAUUUAGUUUUUGAUCAUUUCUAACUUUAAUUAUCUCUUAAGUAUGUACACUUAGGAUACAUCCUAUGUUAUUGUAUUUAUUCAUACCAUUUAUCGUAAUAAAUACAGAACAGAAUAAAUACAGAUGUAUUUGUAUGUGUAUAUUAUCAUGUUUUUGUAAAAAGGUUUUUUUUUUUAUAUGUCUCCUUUAGAAUUUCAAUUUUAAUAUUCCUGUACUGUAUCAAAUAUUCUGUUGGAUGCUUGAAUUUGUAUAUAUUUUUUUUGUGAAUUGAAUUUUAAUAUCUUAACUUCGAGGAAGAUGCGUACUACGUACUCCUAUUUAUUUAUGGAUUUGUUGUCGUUUUAAAUUGUGGCAAUAACUAGUAGAAACCACUGAGUAAAUAUAAAAUAGUUUUUAUACGAGCAAUAAGAGACGAAAUUGAAAUAUGGCCCCACAUUUAAUUCUUUGUCAUUUACAGUCAAUGAGUAAUAAUUUGUAUAUCAUUUUUAAAUUUAGUAUUGAUUACUUAUGUUACUUUGGCAGGGUAUUUUGGUAGGAAUGUAUUAGCCUAAGUCUAUAAUAACAGGGAUAGUUACAGUAUUAAAAGUGGAAUUAGAGUGGAGUAGUACUUGUUAGUUUUCACAUACUGUAUUAUUAUAAUUCAGAAUCCCUUUUUUAUUGUUCCAAAAUUUUAAGGAAGUAUUAAAAAUUUUAAUUUAUGCGACAUUCCAACCCAGUUGAUUCCGAAUACUAUAUCAUAAUAUGGCAUUGAAAGUCAACAUCAAAUACACAGUGCCAUCUAGUCUCAAACUGUACAAAGUUUGUUCUCUGGUUACUACUAAGAAGACCACACCUCACCCAAACAAGGGUAAAGCUUUGACUUAGUGAUCUAGGGGUAGCUGCCUCUGAAAUUGAAGUCGGAGUCAAGGGGUCCGUCCCGAGACUCCCACCUAAAUCCUCCUAGGAGGGUUAAAAAGACCUGGACUGACUAUGUAUAAAAUGAAGUGUUCUAAAAUUUAUAUUUGUUAAUGACCUAAUAAAAUCACGGUGUUUUUUUAUAAUAAUCUUAAAAAAAGAUUAGAUGGAAUUGUUUACAUAUUCCGUUAUACGAGGUCUGUCCGGAAAGUUCGUAUAAAAGUGUUCUGGAAUGCGAGAAAGAGGAGUGGGGAGGCCAGGUAAGCGCAGGACCCCUUCCUUAUGUCCCUAACAAUGCUUCAGUUCUGGUCUGACCGCCGUGCGGUGCGAACUGGCUUGUCACGCCAUCUGUGAAGUUACCUCUUAACGAAACCCCGUCGGCAUGGAGCCCGCUUCCGUUGAAGAGCAGCGCGUCGUAAUCAAGUUUCUCUCGAAACUCGGCAAGAAUGGCCGUGAAAUUUUUGCCGAUCUCAGAACAGUUUAUGGGGAUGAUGCUGUGAAGGAACCAACCGUCCACAAGUGGCUAAAAAGAUUCAGAGAGGGCCGAGAAAGCGUUCAAGAUGACCCACGUUCAGGACGUCCUUCCACUUCACAUUCCGACGAAAACGUGGAAAGAAUUCGAACUUGUGUUA